AUGCCAAGUGUAGGAAUGGGGUCUCAUACCCAAACGAAUGCCUUGGCCAGUCUAUGCACUCUUCUGGUGCCACGAAUCUGGGCAGAUACUCAGUUAAUCAAACACUCGCCCAAAACAGAUGAGUUGAACUCGAAGCAGUCGAGUCUACAAACUGUAGAAAAACAAUCUCAAUCUGUUAGCAGCAGAAAUGCCCAUCGUUUAGCACCUUCCGCCUAUACCCCCUAUACCACCACUAUAACUAGCCGUUGCAACACUUUUCAAGCAGAUACCGAGUUGCAAAGCGUCUUUGGUGCUUUCUGUAUCAGAGUGAUUCGACAGACCCAGUCCAACAGCAUUCUUGUGUUUGUGGCUCUACUAUAUGUCCGCCGUCUUAGACUACGCAAUCUAAACAUGUCAGGAUCCUAUCAAAAGCCAAGCCGAGGACUUGAUUUUCGACUUUUCGCACUUGGCAUGAUGCUUGCGUGUAAAAUGCAAGAAGAUCGAUGGGGGGCCGAUGUGAUUAUGGCAGCGGUACAAAGCCCCAGCAGCCAGAAUGAGCAUCUAUCUCGCAGUACCUGGGCCAGUAUUCUCUGUGUCAAGAAUACAGCAGAAUUAGCAUUACUUGAGCGAGGGUUCCUUGUUGGGCUUGGAUACGAGUUAUUUGUUGGAGUUGAAGAACUGACCGUGUUUAUCAAUGAGAUGCGAAUAGUAUGCGAUCAAUCUGUAGCAAGACACACGAGGACAAUUUUUGAAUUGCAUAUGCAAGACCGUAUCUUUAGUGAUGUUGCAACGAUGAUCAAAAGAGCAACUUGUGAUUAG